UCAAAAUCCGGAAGCUUUUACUGAAGCACAAUUUAAGCGGAAGUAGCCAUCACAUGUGUAUGUUUGGCUUGCGCUUGGUAUUUCAUUAUCUUAUAAAUAACGUAUGUGAGAGUUAAGUGUUAACUUCUAAUUAUUUGAAGGCGAUGUCUGCAUCCAUGUUACGAAGAGGACUUGAGCUUCUAAACGAAGACUUAAAAGAUGUAACCAGUGGGCCUAAACAGAGGAAGAAAACAGCAGGAACGACGGUGAAGGACUUGGUCAGCACCAACAGAGAUGGGGUCCGUAAACAGCUGCGACACCUGCAGCAGGGCAAGGGGACAGGGAAGAAGAGCAAAGCCACGGUGAAGGACAAGCGAGUCCGAUCUGCUAUCGAUGAAUACAGGAAGAAACAAACAAAAAACCACCUGAGCUCCAACCUGAAGUACUUCCUUGGAACGGGUCAUGCAGCAAAGCAGAGUGCAACACAGAAGAUCCUCAAUCACAAUUCAGGGCGACUCUCGAGACAUCGACCGGACAAACCAGUUAGAAAGCCACGGGAAGAGAAGUCUCUCUUCACAGAGGAUGAAUUUCAGGCGUUCCAGAAGGAAUACUUUGGAAAAAUCGUGGAGGGUGGGAGCUGAGAACCCACUCGGGUAUUUCAUAAACUGUCAUCGGGAGCCAUGCAGGACUCAAAGGACUGGUUUGUUUUUUUGGGAAUUGUGUAUUACCAUGUGGGUAUGGACUCAUGGACAGUACACACGCCUCUCAAACUAAAAGGACAUUUCUUGAGCGAGUUAUUUUUAUUUUUUAACUUUUUAUGCUUUUUUUCUUUGGUAAAGCUGAAAUGUCAUUCUGCAGCCUGUAGCAGGUGCGGCAUGCAACUCACAAAAGGUGUUGUUUGGGGACUGUAGCCUACUGUGUUAAACCUGACUGACAGGUGUGUGGACAGAGAUGAGCAAUGAAUGGUUCCAUACUACACAUGUGUGAGUGCCUAUGAUUCUAUGCAGUCAUUUCUGCUGCAUUCUAUCACAGUCUCUUCAAAGAAGCAUUUUCCUUCCCUUUUCCAUGAAUUUGUUUUUGUGUUUAUUUACCAACAAGCUGUCACCAUGUGGCAUUUAAUAUUUUUCUGUAUACUGAUGCCAGAAUUAAAAUGAAUAUUACUGUAA